GGUACGCUUUCCAGUGUAUCAUAUAUCCACUACAGUGUUAUAUAUGUAUAAAUUAUUUCCAAUUACAUAUAGAUAUAAAUAAUACAAGUGGGAAAAAAGUGUUGGCGUAUUAUAAUUUUUACAUGGUUGAUUGAGGAAGGAACUGGAGGAACGAACCAGAGGAGAAAACAGCUGUCUAGAGGAACCAAACAGUAACACUGUGUUGGUGGCUCUUGUGUUUCUCGCUUUACGUGAAAGGUGAGCCCCAUGUUUGAGGCACACCAGGGGCCAUGGCUCACUCACCACAAGUGAUGUUGUGGGAAGAUGAUAUGGCCUUUCAGAUGAUUCCGCCAAGGUUAUCAUCAUCCCCGCCCCCCCUGGACUCGCUUCCUACUGUGACUUGCCCAGGAGAAGAGGAUGAUGAUGAAGAAUUUGGGAACUUCUCAACUCACAAUGCUUCAUUUGAUAUCACAGGAUUAUCCGAUAAGCUACCUCCUACUCCUGACACCAGUCCUUCUAAAUUUCCUGCAUUAGGACAUGUAACCGGGAAAAUUUUACCAGCAGUCCUAGAGGGAAUUAGGGAUGACACAAUUAGCCAAGAUUCUGGAGUAGGAAGUUCAAAUCAUCCAAAUGAAUUUUCUCCACAACCCCAAGCAGAUGACCAUUCAUUUGGUGAUUUCUCAACUUGUGUUACUGCCGUUUUUAAAGUGAAUAAUGAGCGAACAGAUGGUGUAGGUGUUGUUAAAAAUGAUGGUGAUGAUGGCUUAAAUAACUUUCAAGCAUUCACCUCUGCUGGUGAUGAACCUCCAAGAAUCCAGGAACCAGAAUGCUCAACUUAUUCAUCAGAUCCAAAUAUAGAUCAAGGUAAUGAUAACUUCUCUAGUCAAGUGUUCCCUACAGUGUCCGAGACUCCUGAGGGCAGUGGCAAAAGAUCACCAAGGAACAGUUUCUCCAUGAUAGGCACUCCUCCACCUCUUGAUUAUGUAGCAAACAGUGUGACUGUUGAUGAUGAAUUCUCCCGGUUUUCUCCAAAUCAUAGAGCAGCAGCUGAUGAUGAUGAUGAUGAGUUUGGGGAUUUUACAUCUAAUGAGAUAUCAGAAAUCAUCAAUGGAAAGUACUCUUACUCUGAGAGUGUUGUAUGUGAAAAAAUUUCAAUUGUACCAAAUAAUGAGGAGGUCACCUUACAACAAUCAGUUAAGGUUAUGGAAUGUUCCUCAUUAAAAAGGCAAGAAAAUCUGUCAAUUAGUUUAAAUAUUGACGAUGAUGUUACUAAUACAAGUAAAGAAAAUAAUGCCGAUAAAAACGUUGAUCAUCCAUCUCAAGAUGCUUCGCACUCAAACAGUUCUAGUGAGAAAGUGAGUGCCAGUCCUAAAAGUGUUCCUUUAUCUACCAGCAUUUGUAGUGAAAAUAGUUCACAAAUAUCCAGAACUCCCCAAGAUAAAGUAUUGAAUUUUGGAGAUAGAACACCAAGUAUCUCUUUACAAAGUGAAAAUAUUGUAACUAAGUCUACAGACAAAAAAGAUGAUGUAUCUGCAAGUGUUUCUGAAAAAACUAAGAAUGAUUUUAUCGAUGUUAGUAAGUCGAAUAUUGUUCAAGAAGUUAUGUGUUCCUCUGAAAAGGUUGAUAGUCAAAGCAAAGAAGCAGAAGAACAGGUAGAAACACACAAAACAGGUGAGAGUGAGUGGACAGAUCAUGAACAUAACAGUUUUAAAAGCAAAAGUGAAUCUGAAAAUUAUACAGAUUCCAAGUCCCAUGUAAGUGCCUAUCAUUAUGAUGGUGAUGUUAGUAGUGAAGUGAGAAUAGAAGGAAGAACAGGAAAGGAAAAUCACAGUGAGUUUAAUUGUGAUGCAUUACAAAGAGGGGCAGGAAAUGACCCCUUGGUUUCAAAAGACUUGUGCGUAGAUGAUUUUGGUGAUUUUGAUAAAGUUGAUAGUCAGGGUGAAUCAGAUUUCGGGGAUUUCAGUAAAGCAAAUGAAGACGAUGACCUUGAUUUUGCCGAUCUUAGGGAACAAGUAGAGAAUGGCACUUACGGAGCUGAGGAAACUCUACAGCCAGGUAUUAUAGGUGAUGAUGAAUAUUGUGAAGAUGUGGAUGAUGAGUUUGGUGACUUUAAUGCUCCUGUAGCAGUUACUGACAGCGAAUUUGGUGACCUUGAUAGUGCUAAUGUAGAUGAUGAUGACGACGACGACGAUGAGUUUGGUGAUUUUGCUGUACAUGACAAAGUGGGUGCUUCAUCAAAUCUGACCUGUGCACAAGCCCAUGAUUUAGAGGAGGAUUUUGGUGCAUUCAGUGGGCAAGGUGACACUAGAAACUUUGGUGACUUCAGCAUGGCUGGUGAAGAGACAGGGAAGGGAAACUUUGCUACUUCAUGGAAGGAGGCCAGCUUUGAAAAUUCAUGCAAAAGUCCUGUUUUAAAGAAGUUGGAGAGCUUAGUGCUAAAGUGGAUCCCAAGAGACCCGGCAUCGAUAAAAUUACAAGAAGAACAACCAGUCGCAACACUACACGAGGCUGUUGAAAGUGACGCGUUUGUGUGGCGCCAGCUUGAGAACUUGGAGUCGAGUGCAGCUCUCACACUGUCCUGGGGCAACACUCGAGCUCACAAUCUCUUCCUUUCCUCAGUCAACGUUGACGCUCGCAACAUUGUGAGUAAGGAGGCACUGAUCACGCUGUUUGGGCAGAAAUGGAGUUCAUCUGUUCCACUAUUUGCCCAAACACUCAGCUUCUCCCCACUCACUCCUGCAAAGCCAACAGAAGGCACUGGAGGACCUUCAGUAGGUUAUAAUGGGUGUAGUAGAGAACCAACAACUCCCCCUGCCACUGCCUCUGUAAUUCCUCCAAAGUUGAAAGAAGAAGUGCCAGUUGCAGUCUCAGCUGUGAAAGACGGCAGCUCAGAGGUUUCCACGGCCACAAAGGAGAUUUCUAGCCCAGAGCAGCAGGAAAGUUCGCUGGAUCAGGUCUAUCAAGUGGAACAGAUCCCUCCCGCCAAGUUUGACUGGACGUCUAGUGGUCUGACCAAUCCUCUGGAAGUACCAGCAUAUAAUUCAUCAUUAUUUGGCUUGGACCUUCUCUUAACGAACACUAGUAUUGGUAAAGGAGCAACUAACGCGUUGCUCGCAAGUCUAGAGCGAGAGUUUCUCAGUGAGAGCGGGGAGAAGAAUGCUAGUACCCGAAUCAAGAGCCCCCCCACGCCAUCCCCUCUAGUACAGCAGAUUUUAGGGAGUGGAUUGACCAAAGGACCUCUGACAAACACACCUCUUCAUUCGCUAGUUCCAGAGGUACGGCAGGUGGUUGAGCACUUGCCUGACUUAGGCUUCAUGCGUAGUAGAGUACUUAUGUUUCCAAUAAGAGGAGAGCAGUGAUAUGUAGAGUAGGAGAUGUAAAUAAAUUUUAUCAAGCAGGAACUACUUCAUAUGUAAUGAUAACCAUCACACUUUUAAAUUGUACCAGUUUUGUGCAAAUAGGUAAUGAAGUGCUCUUUUUAAGUCUGACUAAUAUCUACCCCCAUGACUCAGUCUUGUAUCAGUAAGUUCAUUCAUUAGCAUUUUUAAAUCAGCUGUUAAGUGCUAUGAAAUAUAUAGUGAAAAACUUAAAUAAAAAUUCAGUUAUGUAAUGUAAAGAAUAACUUUUUUCUGCAUAAUAAUACAGUACAGUAUACUGUACUGUAUUGAAGUCUUGUGGAUAUAUCCCUCCAUCAGUCUAUACUGUAGUAUAAAUGUAGUUAUCACCUGACAUUUGAAACUUGGAUUUUGCUUCACAAGAUUACUAUUAAAUAACUUAUCUAUUUAUGAAAGUUUGUUCAUUAAAUUUUGCUAGGUUGAUGAUUUUUAUGCUACUUGUUGAAAUAAAUUAAACUCACAUUUGACUUUGUCUUUACAGUUUGGAAAAAUAAGCAGACAUGGUCAGACUCCUUUAAUAACUUAUAGUGUUAAUUAAUUUUGCAAUUUUUUUAGGUUGAAGUGGUAUAUAUACUUGGAGGAUUAAUCCUGAAAACCCAUUUCUAUACUCAAGCCUAUUGCUCGGUGGCUCAUGUGAUAGGUGUACCGGACCUGCAGAUCAGGGGCCAAGGACACUUUUUUGGGGGGAGGGGGGGCUACAUCGGGGCCUGGAGGUGAAAAACAACUGAACCAUAAGUAAAAUGCAGAAUUGGAAAAAAUAAAACAGGUGAAGAGUGAGAAAUGGUAUAUAUGAUGUGUUGUCAAAGAAGAGAAACAAUUGAGACUGAAAUUGUGUGUAAAUUAGUCAGAAAGUCAGACCAGCAACCUGGGACUUGGUCACAAUUUUGUGAUGCCAUAUGGCAGCAGGGUCUACCAUUAGGCAACACAUUAUGCUGCCAAUAUCUUCCCAGGCAGUAGUACGUCCCUGAUUGAUAACUACCUACUACUGCAUACUGUAGACUAUAGUAGCUGGAAGCCAAUCUAAUAAUUUUCCAACCCUCUCCAUAGCAACCUUAAUUGGUGGUUAACGAUUCUCUACUCCCCUCCCCUUCCCCCCCUUAUACAGAAAAAAAUGGAACACAAGAAACAAGAAACUUCCACAGAUGGUGGUUGCCACCCUAACAGUAACUACUUCUGUAAUGACUUCAAAUGCCAUUGAGACAGAUCCUACUAGGGGACUUAACCCACCUAUGAAAAUAUAAAUAAGGGUAAAUCCUAUAUAAUCAUUCCCUUCCCCUCUACAAUUUGUGUAAUUUAGAAGAACAAAUCCCCCCCAUCUAUUAAAAAAAAAUCACUUAUGUUUUGACAUUUAAGAAUCAUAAUGAGCAAGAAGGUAGUCUGAUGUCAACAUUCAGUGAUAGUUUUAAAUUUAAUACUGACAGUGAGGUCAGCUAGGUUCUACUUUGUGUGUCAGCAACACUUGUCAGCUUAAGUCAUUAUCAAUCCUCUUUUCUGAGAUGUAACAGCUAGUGAUGUCGGGGCCAACCGCUUCCAAUCACAAGGGUUGACACAAUAAUAUUGUUAAUGUUGGGAUCAUGGGUCAGCCUGUCAGGUCAUAAAUAAUAGGGCAGUCCCAGCUCAUCACUUCAGGUUUAGGAGGCGCAUCAUAGUGUGAACUUGUGGAUUUACUUCACUGAAAGAUUUCAAAUUAUAAGGUAAGAAGCAGUCAAACUAAUUCUGUAAACACCAUUAUGCUUUCUAAAAUGAUGUAAAGGAUGUAUUUUUUUUAUGAUUAUGUUCAAAGGCACAUUUCAACAAGUCUCGAAAGUCAUUGCCCCUUCAAUCACAACAAAUCUGUGCCAGUGAUUAGGCUGCAUUUACACCAAACGAGUUGAGUCAAGACUCGUCUCGACUCACCAUUGCAGUUCACAUUAAUUUAUAUGCAUUUUUCCAGAAACCGUUCAUACCGAAAGAGUAGAGUCGAGUCGAGUCGAGUUAUGUCAUGUAAUAUAUACGUAUGGCUGGACCCAUUUUUUCGUCAGUCACCACAUGUCCAUUGUGGUGUGAGCAACAUCAUGCAAGUGGAUGAUUUGAUAAAUUUAGUUUGGGAGUGCCCUGCUCUCUCUGAUCAUGUCAUGUCCACCAACUUCUUCAAGUUUUCAGUUGUCAUCCUAAAGAAAUUGUACUGUAGAAUUUGUCAGGAUGGUUCACCAAGUCUGGGAAUAAAUGACUAAAGGCACCAAAAUCUGGUCUUUUGGGGUUGAUUUCAUGUAUCCACAAUCGGGUUCUCCUCCUCCUAUGGCGCCAAACCCACAAUAGAGCAUAUAGUUCAGCGAGAGAAUAUGUGUCCGAACUGGUUGGCAAACCUGACUCGUUUUGACUCUUUCUGUGUGAAUGGGAAUGAGUUAAAUGACUCUAAUAAAUCGACUCAACUCGUUUGGUGUAAAUGCAGCCUUAGACCUGCUUUGAAUGCCAGCUGCUGGUUCUAAUCUCCCUCCCUAUGGUUGCAGUAGGGAGGGAUGGAAUAGUCCUCAGAUAAGUUCUCAGUCAUUACCGUUUUGGGUUUCCAGCCUGCAGGUCAAGUGAGAGCAUUACACGAGCCACCUAGCAGAGUGCAUUAGGUUUAAAAUGUAUUUAUGUAAUGUUACACAAAUAUACUUGGUUAUGGGACUAGUCAGUUUAGAUGUGUACUGAUUAUAUUCUUAUGUUCAGAUUUUAUUAAGUCUAGCAGACACACAAGUGCUCAAAAUUGGAAGUUGACUAACCCUCCUGUGAAAUAGUCUGUAUUUGGCUUCAAUGGAAAGUUUAAAAGUACAGUACCUGUAAUUUGUCCUAGUUUCCAAAAUGUCUCACUGAAACCGAUUUAGUUUGUACCCCCUAACUGUUCAUGUACAGUUAUUAAAUAUUAUCUAGGCAUAAAAAGGGAAUCCCAUUAUGUGCCAUUAAUGUUAGUGCUCUAUGGAGUGUCUUAAGUUAUGCAUUAUACAAGGACAGUAUAUGCCCCCAAAAUGCCACAAUAAUUACUGUACGUUUACUUAUGGUAUUUUUCCAGGUUUUAAAUUUACAGUAUUCUGCUUUUCAUAUAGACAAUUUAGUAAUGCUAAAUAAUAUGUGAAUAAUAUUUUCCAACUGAAUUAUUUAUCAUUAAUCAGCUGUAAACUUUCAAAGAUAUUGCAUGUUAGUCAUUCCUAAUUUAUGUGCUACAGUACUUAAAGAAUGCUUGUGUGCAUGAGCACCUUAUGGGUGGAAAAUGUAGCCUUGCAGCUACAUAUAAUUGUAAUAAGACUUAACAGUGCUCAAGGUGCAUCGGGUUGGUCCACUCAACAAUGUACAGUACAGGCAUAUCAUGGCUUGAUAGUUUUUUCUCCCUCCCUGCAUGAUUUCUUUGAGCAUCUUCGGUUAGUUGAAAUAUGUGAAAUUUACUUAUUAAUUUUUUUUUUCAGCAGCUCAAAUCUUGCAUCAUGGAUUUUAUGUGCCUUAGGUUCAUGAAAAUGCAUUGUGAACAAUUUUACAGGGAAUAUUUUUUACCCAUUUUCAAGUGUUUUUAUACAACUGGAUCCCCGGUUUUGCAGGUCAAGUUAUUUUUAUUUUCUCUUCCAUUGAGCAAAUAUAAAAUACCACUGUGUGGGCGGGCAUAUAAUGUACUCCAGGUAUGACAACUUGCACAUUGAUAUUACCAUUACUAACCUAUAUCAGAAUUUUUAUUAUUCAAAGCUUCCUGUGUUUAAGGUAAAAAUUAAACAGUGCUAUAUAGUGGAGAUAUUAGCUCUAUAUCAAACAGUACUUUUGAAAACGGUAUCAAUUCGACUGAAUAUAUGAAUUGUGUAUUGCACAUUAGAAGCGUAGGAUAUUUGAUAGAGUUUCUAUUGGGAAUAUUACCUUCUUGGUGUGAAUAAGGUAGAAUUUGUGAAUAAGUAUAGGCAUAAAAAUCAUAAGUUUUAACUGUUUCAGUGGUCUGUUGAUAAAAGGAGAAUUUAGCAAAAAAAAAAAAAAAAAUUAUAAGCUUUCUAGAAAUCUCAAACACUUCUGUGACAUUGGGUCACUGAGAUCUUAAAACGGACACCCAUCUAGAUGAUAGAUAUUAAAGAAAAUUGGAGAACUGUACUCUUGUAAAAUGGGUGCACACUGACCUUUAAUUUUCUUAGGCCUGUCAUCUUAAAUAAUUUCCCUCCACGUACAUUGAUCAGUUAGCCAUUAUUUAGUGGUAUUUGUGGAUGUCUAAUGGAAUUAUAUGUAUUUUAAAUUUAUAACAUUAUGUGCAUUAUGGUUGUACACACUAUUUUGUACAAAGCUCUUGAAAAUACUACUGUACUGGUUUAUUGAAAUGUCUUGCACAGUGAGCGACAAAACUAUCUUCCCAGUUUUGGAUGAAUGUAUCGUGGGAAGCAUUGGAACAGUUGGCAAAUAGGCAAAAGCCAGUUAGUUGGCAGUUCUGAUAAAAUUUCCACUGUGACAGUAACUUGCUGGGGGAUUGGAUCACUAGACUACUAAGUGAGGGGUUUUGUAGGUACUGUAACCAGAUUUAUGUGAGGUCUUUCUUUAUUUGCUUGUGCUGUUCCCAGUUUAUAAACCAGGUACAAGAAGUGAUAAUACAGUAAAUGAAAAUCAUGUACAGUGCAUGGAGACAGUCACUAGUCCUUUACCAUACUGAGUGCAUGUCACGUAGACAUUCCAGUGCUACUUUCUGAAAUAAGUAUUUGUGAAAAUACCGCUUGUGUAUAUAGUGUUGUGUCUGUCUGUAAAUAUCAAAAUUAGUGUAACCAGUGCAACAACCUAAAUAAAUUAAAAAAAAAAAUUUGUAAAUAAAAAAUUAAUUUGCAAGAGGUUGGCAGCAGUACCCAGGUGACAGCCAUAUUACCAAGGGCAUAGAACUGUUAAACACAGAGUGGGACUUUUCUUUUUCCACAUAAUUUCCUAAGACUUUAAGAAAAUGCAGAAACCAACUUUUAUAAUUGAUGCAGUAGAUUGGUUGAAAGACCUUGAUGAAUCCUUCGGCUGUUAGGUAAUAUUGCAUGUAAGAUAUAUAUAUAUGUUGGGCUCAGAAACCGAAAAGCGACCACAAUGCGUUGUGGUUGUUUUCAAAAUAACCAGGAAGCGAAAUUUUGUGUCUUGGAUUUCACCCUAACCUAACCUAACCCAAUCCGAUCCAAACUAACCUUUAGCAAAAUCUUGCUUCUGGUUAUUUUUCAAGCAACCACAACGCGUUGUGGUCUCUUCGGUUUCUGAGCCCAUCAUAUAUACCAGCAUCAUGAUGUACACUUGCUACAAAAAGUAUCUGCAAAAUUUUUGGCUAGACAGUAUGACAACGGAUGAAGGAUUUUGACAACCCUACCGAGACAAGAGGCGUCACGGUGUUCAUUUUGAAACUCGUCGAACCCCACCUUACAGAUACUUUCUGUAGCGAGUGUACAAGUUGGCCACACAGGAAGGGAAAUAAUUUGUGGCCACAAAUUGUCUCACUUUCUAUGUGGCCAACUGUACAUGCUAGUAGUUUUGCAUCAUCUUGGUUAAACCAUUUUUUUUACAACCCUCAAUGAGUUGGAUAUCUCUUUCAUCUUUUAUGAUCAUAUAAAGUUGAUGAAUAUAUGGUCAGUCAUAUAUCUGGACCAUCCUUAAGUAACUGUAAUGUCAGUACAGUACUACAAUAUUUGAGUCUUGUAAACAGUCAAGUUCCUGAAAUAUCUGGGAAAUAAAACAACCCCAACAUUAAUCAAGAAUUUACAAAGAAUACUUGUUGUGCUGAUUAGUUACAUAUAUGUAAUGUAUAGAAGGAAUAAGAAUUGUGUUCAUGUCUGAGGACUUCUUUCACGUAAUGUAUACUGUGUAUGUUAAAUACUGUAUGUUGUACCUUAAUUUCAAAAUAAGAUGGCAAAAACAUAAACAUAGUUGUCAUAUAUAUCUAAAAACACACAAAAGAAACACUAAAAUUUGCCUAAAAAAACAGUGCUAAUUUAAAUGACUGUGUGGAGAAGUGGGAAUUCUGUUAACAAAUCAGGUAACAAAAUUAUACUGUACAGUAUUAGGUAAGAGUAUGGAAGUGAAGAGAGUGUCUGGAAAGUAUUCUGAAGUUGGCAGCAUUCCUGAAAGACCACCUAAUGAUUUUGCAGUGUGAAUACAUGUUUGGCCCAAAAUAGGAACAUCACUGAAUGGGUGUACCUCGAAUAAAAGCAAACAUCACAGGUGGAGGAGUUAAGUGUAUAUACUGUAUGCUUAGCUUAUAAAAUACCUUCAUGUUAUCUGGGUUUGUACUGUUUUAAGAUGUCUUAGUUUGUAUUUUGUUGCAAAAAUAAAUCUCUUCUUUAAUGGUUAGGCAAUUGAGCUUGUAAUAUUUUAUGUAGUGAACUGCAUUUUGCAGUGUAUUCUUAUAUCUUUACAUUUUUAGAAGUGUAAAUACUUUUUUUACACUUACAAAGCCUAAUAGGAGCAUUCUGUAGACCUCCUUUAUAGAGCAGUAGGUAAAAUAGGAUGUUAGGUUUUCUUUCAGAAUGCACUGUUCAUAUCUUUAUUUAUUGAAUAUUCAGAAGCUUUGAAUGACUAUCACAGGAAAAUAUGUACUUCAGUUAUUUAACCAAAGACUUCAUGUAUGUGAUUUUAAUAUUAAAGUUCAAUAGGAUGAUUUGUAAAAUGUAGGAUUGUAGGGGAAACAUAUUUGUUGAACUUUUGCAUAACAUUCCACAUCAUCCUUUCUAUGAAAUGACACCUCUUGCUUUUAGUCUGUUGGACAUUAUUGGUUGUGUAUUACGGUACCCUAAAUAAUAAUAUAUAAAUAUAUAUAUAUAUAUAAUAUUGCUAUACAGAUGCUGGAUAUUGUUUCAAAAAAUCAAAGUUACAUA